AUGGCGGACGUCGAGGCUAAUGUGUCCAAAGAUGGCUCCGAAGAGCGCAUCGCCCCUGUGUUAAAUGAAGAGCGGCAGUGGUAUCGUACUACGCUCUUCAAUGCUUGUGUUAUUGGAGGCGUUGGAUUCUUAGCACCUGGUUUAUGGAAUGCCAUGAACUCUCUAGGCGCUGGUGGAGCCGAAUCGCCAUACUUAAUCAACGCCGCCAAUGCCCUGGUGUUCGGACUGAUGGGCUUUUUUUGUUUGUUUGGCGGCCCAAUUGCGAACAGAAUAGGGCUGUCUUACACACUUCUUCUUGGAGCCCUUGGCUACCCGAUUUAUUCAGCUGGUCUCUAUACAAAUAAUCGCUUUGGAAACGACUGGUUCGUCCUUCUCGGCGCCGUGACCUGCGGAAUAUCAGCUGGGCUUUUUUGGGCAAGCGAGGGAGCCAUCGCGCUUGGGUACCCAGAACCCUCUAAGCGAGCCAAGUACUUGAAUAUAUGGGUCUGGUUCCGGACAUUAGGACCCAUCGUGGGCGGUGCUAUUGUGUUGGGUUUGAAUGUAAAGACUUCAGGUAAAGGGAGCGUUGGCUAUGUGACCUACAUCAUUUUCAUUGUUUUACAAUGCCUGGCGGCUCCCUUAGCAUUAUGUCUAUCGCCACCCCACAAAGUCCAAAGGAGUGAUGGAUCGCGGGUCAUGGUCAAACGAGAAGACUCGUUCCUCGCUGAGUUCAAGGCCUUGUACCAACUAUCGAGGAAACGAAACGUUCUACUUCUUCUCCCUAUUUUCUGGGCUGCAUAUUUCAAUCAGUACAGCGGGAACUUUGAAGCCUACUACUUCAGUGUACGCGGCCGUGCUUUGAUCGGUUUUGUAAGCAACUUUGCCACACUACUAUCAUCGCAGAUUCUCAGCCAGUGGCUCGAUUGGACUCGUUUUGCCGUCAAGAAACGUUUAGAAUAUGGAUACUAUUAUGUCGUUGCGGUACAUGUUCUCUCUUGGGUAUACGGUUGGGUUGUUCAAGAACAAUUUGCUUCCAAUCCCCCACUCUUGGAUUGGAGCACGCCCGGCUACGUCAAAGGCUUUUUUGUGCUAUUUUUAUGGAACUUUUCGCAACAAGCAGCUCAAAAUUGGUUAUACUAUCUUGUUGCUACAAUGACGAAUGAUGUAGCAGAGCUCACUCGCUUGACGGGUAUUCUGCGUGGCCAAGAAAGCUUUGCUCAAGCCGUGUCAUAUGGUCUCAACACAAGGAACUGGUAUGGAGGGCGAGUGCCACUGGCCGUUAACACAAUACUUCUCGGGCUAGCGAUAGUCCCGACUUAUCUUGUUGUUCGCAGCCACAAUCCGGACGAGUCAGCAAAGGUAUCUGAGUCCACACCUUCAGAGACAAAAUCUGAUAUUACUGAGCCGAAUAAAGAGGAAACGAAUUAGAGCUACCAUGCGGAUCUACCAAUUAGAAUAAAAUGUCUCCAUCCUCACACCAACUAAUUAUCUUGUACGGAUAGAAUAUAGGAGCGAUAGCUAUACCAACUCGAAGGCUUAUAAGAACACGAGAUAAUUCUUUGAGAAUUCAUGGAGGC